AUGAGGCACGCCGCCAGAGAAGGCUUCAAGGCGGUUUUGAAACACAUGGAGGACACCUUGGACGCUGAUUCGGACUUGGAUACUGUUGUAGAAUCCGAGACUGAGGUCGCUAGCACUCGCAGCGCUCUUUCUGGGGGGGAUCAUGGCGGGAAUAUUGCCGCGCCUGUUGAGGACGAAUCCGGCCCCGAGCGUGAGCGUUCUCUGAGUUUGGCUGCCAGCGUGCAUGGUGACCGUUGUCGUGCUCGACGACCGGGUUCAACGCCCUCCGCGGCAGACGAAUGCCCCAUCUGCUUGUAUCUAGAUGAAGAGAUGGACAGUUUCCUCACCUCCAAGGCGCUGGACAUCGAUCCAUACGACGACUUCAAGGCGCGCUAUAGGGCACAUUUCAUCGCGCACGGAAUCGCGAAACGCCCAACAUUCCGAAUCAAUCCGCUAGCCGCUCAACAGGCCCCUGAGGAAGACCGACAAGCAAACGAGCGUCGUGCCGCCGAGCAAGGCUCCACAGUCCGACAAGCACCCGUGGCGCGACAAACACUCGCAGACAAGCAGCCUAUAUAUGAACAGGCCGCACAUGGGUGUGACGAGGUUGUAGUGGACUUGGAUCGGGCAUAG